AUGUUAAUCAAUCGCUGUUAUUAUCCUGAAACUCGUAAAGCAAUCGACCAUUACAGUUAUGCUCUAAAUGAAGAAAUAGGAAGAGGGUUUAGUAGCAAAGUUUAUAGAGGAAGAGAUGAAAAUACUUAAAUGACGGUGGCUGUUAAAGUAUGAUAUAAAUUUGUAAGACAAGGUAAUUGAUAUGAAGAUGGUUAAACAGAGCAUUCAUGCCACUUUACUAAAGAAUGAAAUAAAUGCUCUGAAAUCAUUUAACUCAAAGAACAUACUAAAAUUGUAUGAUGUUUUCUAAACACAGAAUAAUACAUACAUCAUAACAGAGUAUUGCGAUUCUGGAGAUCUAAGUGGUGUAAUAAAAAAGAGAGGAAGAAUUGAUGAGCCUGAAGUAUUGCGAAUCAUGAAUGAAAUUAUAACAGGAUUACUUGAGAUCAAUCAAAAAGGAUAUAUUCAUAGAGACAUUAAACCAGCAAAUAUUUUAAUAGAGAAACAGAUACCUAAAAUAGCAGAUUUUGGUUUUGCUGUCUAAAUAAAUAGUAUGGAAGUCAAACAAUAAGGCAGACAUUAUAAUGUAGGAACUCCUUUAUAUAUGUCUCCAUAAGCAUUGAGAUAAUAAGGUCAUACAGAAAAAGGAGAUGUAUGGGCUAUGGGUGUUAUGUUCUUUGAAAUGUUAUUUGGACAAACACCAUUUACAGCAUAGACAGAAUAAGGAUUGUUAACAGCUAUUUUGCAUCAUCAUCUUGUCAUUCCUUCACAUCCUUCAAUCUCAGAUGCUUCCAAAGAUUUUAUUCGUAGAUGUCUUUGCAUUGAUGAGAAUCAAAGAAUGAGAGUCAAAGAUAUGGCAACUCAUCCAAUUUAUUCACAAUACUCUCAACCCAUUUAUAAACCAAUUCCCUUAUAAACACAAUAAUCAUCUAAUAUACCAACACCUGCAACUAGAACUCCUAUUAUUAAUAAAGAUAGAUCAUAAAGCUAAGGAAUAAGAGAUUUCUAAUCUAGACCCAAAUGUCAAGUAUUUUAGUAUUUUAUAUAAGACUCAAAUUCAUAAUGAUAGUAAAGUAAGUAAGAGAUGUCCUUCAGAAAUGUAUCAUCUACCUCAUCCACCUACUACUGUUAUUGAACCUCCUACUUCUGAUCCUAUGAGAUCCAAAAGUCAAAAACAAAUUACUGAAUCAAGAAAAACCAUUAAUCAAGAAAAUUAGUUUGAAAAAAGAAGUUUUAAGAAAAAUAAUACUGUACUUUAAGAGUAAUAUAUUUAAUUUAUAAUAAUUAGACGAUCUAUUAAUGUACAAACUUAACCAUCUUAAAAUACUACUCCAGUUUAAUCACCAAUCAAAUUUAAGUCAAAUAAUGAUAUUUUAUUUGCUUAAAUUAAUUAUUGUAGGUUUCUCUACAAAUUUUCAUAAUAAAUCAUUAAUUCAAGGUAAUUAACUUUAUCAAAUGGUUUAAAAGAGAAAUUGUUAUUCUUAAUGGCAAAGAACAUAGCCAUGAAAAUUUCUAAACUUCAUACUAUUAUAGAUAAGGAGAAUUCUAAAGAUAAUACAUUCUAAUUAGAAGAUUUCGAUGUAUAUAGGAAGGCUGAAUCAUUCUAAAAAUUUAGUUAAGCUAUUGCAGAAUAUAACGAAAACUAUAAACGAUACUUUGACAAGACUUAUUAAAUGAUAGUUAAUAAAAGUAAAAUUUAAUAUAAUUUAUAUAGAUCUACCUUAGGAUAAGAAGUUUGAAGCCUUAUUUGAUAAAGAUUUAAGUGAAUUUGAAAGUUUCUAUUUCAUCACUCAAUCUUAUUUAAGGUAAGCAUUGUAAGAAUUGAAAAAUGAAUUUCCUUCUCAGAGUUCUGAUCUAGAUGCAUUUUUACCAGAAGAAGUAUUCUUUUUAUCUAUAAUUACUAGUAUAAUUUUAGUUAUUUUGUGAGUCAGUAACUUAGCAAUUAUUUACUUAUCUGUCAUUGUACUCUUUAAAACAUGAAUGAUUAUAAGAAAUUCUCAAAGAUGUUAAAAAUUGAUUAGAUGGUUGAUUAGAAAUAAAAUAGAUGCACAUAUAGACAAGUAGAAGAAUUAAGAAGUAAAAUAUAAGAAUUAGUUUCUAAGUGA